AUGGACUCACUCCCGAUCGCGCAGUUCCCAGAGUCAACCUACCCAGACCCACCCGUACCACUAACAUCGGAACUUAGUCGCGAGAUCGAGACCAAGGCACGCAGUGUGCUCGGCAAGGCCAUCUACUCCUCAGCGAUGCCACACAAAAUCCGCAUCUUGUCGCCGCGCUCGCAGGAGUAUUUCCGGUGCAUGCGCCAAGACCAGGUCUGGAACGAUGUUAGCGACGUUAUGGGCGUUGUUGGUGAGCUAGUGCGGACGCACAAGGCAGAGGGACCGUUUGCGCUUAGUUCCCGGCCAAGCCACACUGAUUUCUUCAUUUCCGGGUCCCUUCAUUCUACUAGAGUGGCUGAUGAGGGGGUGUUUCAGAUGAUGAUCAGAUAA